AUGGCGCCGUUUUUGGGUACUUUUUACCUUUCCUUAUUGUUUGUACUUCUCCUAUUUGGUCAAUUUCUUGAUGCCAUUGACCUCAGCGUCAAGCACCCAGCACAAGGACAACUCAAAGUCCGACUCGACUACGGUCUUGCGACUCAGCCCCUCCCGGGCGUGUCAGAAAGAGAUAGGACAGAAAAUCAGCAUCGAUAUCUCUGGUCUUCGUAUCUCGUUUUUAAUGAACCUGUCUCGUCUAUCACAGAUGGUCAGCUGAGGAUGAUAGCCCAAGUUGGCCAUCAAGAGAUGGAAAAGGAUAUGCGGCAAUAUAAGCCUGGAUUCUUUGUAAAGGGGACUACUAAGCCAGUAUAUCUCCCUUCGGUUAUGACUAUCGUGGCUUUUGGGAACGAGAUUAUCUUGUCUUCUUCCCAGAAGGGACAGGACGGCUUUAUUAACGAGUGGCCUCAAAGUCCAGUCAAGCUGGCUCUUGAUCGUUGCAGUGCUCUUUGGCGAGAUCGCGUUGUCAAUGAUGCAAACAGCAAUGCGGACCCCGCCGCCGGACACAAAAACAAGGCUAAGUGCGGCGAAGUCAAUUCAUUCCACCAGUACUAUAUGACACACACGACGCCUAUUCCAGAGGUUGAUCCAAAAGUCCGUGUUACAACUGUUGUCAAAGGAAGUAAAGGAUACUCUAUCUUGGCUCCUUGUGGCACCACCAGGAAUGGGGAGGAUGAGAAAAACUUUUGGGGGUGCAACUUGCUAGUACGCGACCAAGAUGUGCAUUAUAUUGGACGGGGAGAGAAGGCUCUACCGUUUGCGCUUCAUAAGAUUGCUGGAGGUGUGCAGAGGAAAGGCCAGAUCCAGAUGUGUACUAGAAAUCAUAUUAUUUGGGAUGGGGAGUAA